UCGCGGCGGUCCCUCCCCGUCCCCCCCAGCCGCGGGGCUCGACAUGGCGGCGCUGUGGCCGCUAUGGCUGCUGUGCCUGGCACCGGCGGGCGCCGUGUGGCCUCAGCCGCAGUCGCAGCGCUCCCCGCCCGGUGGCCGCCGCUGCCCGCUCCCUCCCGGCCGCUUCCGCUUCGCGUUCGCCUCGGGUUCGGCGGUGGGGCCGGGCUGCGCCGUGCUGGACGCCGCGUUCCAGCGGUACCGAGCGCUGCUCUUCGCCGCCCGCCCCGACGAGAAUGAGCCGCCCUGGGGAAUUCCCUGCACUCAGCUCGAUGUUUUCGUUGCGACACCGGGCUGCGAUGGGCUUCCCAGCCUUGACUCCAAGGAGAGCUAUAAGCUGUCUAUCUCAGAAGGCUCCUUGCUGCUCUCUGCGGAUACAGUCUGGGGAGCUCUCAGAGGCCUGGAGACGUUCAGCCAGCUCGUUGGGAGAGACGAGAACGGCACGUACUACAUCAACGAGACAGAAAUUGUGGACUUUCCCCGCUUCCCUCACCGAGGACUGCUGCUGGACACCUCUCGUCACUACCUGCCUCUGAGAGCCAUUCUGGAAACUCUGGACGUCAUGGCUUACAACAAGUUCAAUGUGUUUCAUUGGCACAUUGUGGAUGACCCGUCUUUCCCCUACGAGAGCUCAACUUUCCCCGAGCUCAGCAAGCAGGGAGCCUUCAAUGCCAUGACCCACGUGUACACAGCUAGUGACGUGCAGACAGUGAUUGAGUAUGCCCGGCUGCGUGGCAUCCGAGUCAUCGCAGAGUUCGACACUCCCGGGCACACCCUGUCCUGGGGUCCAGGUGCUCCAGGCCUCCUGACUCCCUGCUAUUCGGGCAAGGAGCCCUCUGGGACCUAUGGGCCCAUCAACCCCAUCCUUAACAGCACCUACCAGUUCGUGACCAGUUUGUUUAAAGAGGUCAGCACUGUGUUCCCAGACUUCUUUCUUCACCUUGGUGGUGAUGAGGUGGACUUCAGGUGCUGGAAAUCCAAUCCAAAAAUCAAUGCCUUCAUGGAGGAGAUGGGCUUUGGUGAUGAUUACAAAAAAUUAGAGUCGUUCUACAUCCAGAGGCUUCUGGACAUCAUCUCUUCCCUCAGCAAAGGUUAUAUUGUGUGGCAGGAGGUGUUUGACAACGAAGUGAAGGUGAGGCCAGACACCAUCAUCCACGUGUGGAAGGAGAACCCCACGCCAUACAUGGAGGAGAUGGCAAAUGUCACCAAGGCUGGCUACCGAGCUCUGCUCUCUGCUCCCUGGUACCUCAACCGCAUCUCCUAUGGGCAGGACUGGAUGGCAGCCUACCAGGUGGAGCCCUUGAAUUUCAAAGGCAGCCCUGAGCAGAAGGAUCUGGUGGUUGGCGGAGAGGCGUGCAUGUGGGGUGAAUAUGUGGAUGUCACUAACCUGGCACCCAGGCUCUGGCCGAGAGCUGGGGCUGUAGCCGAGAGGCUGUGGAGUAAUGCAACCGUCAGGGACCUGCAAGAUGCCUACGUGCGGCUGGCUGACUUCCGCUGCAAGCUUCUUGGGCGUGGCAUCCAGGCGCAGCCUCUCUAUGUAGGAUACUGUGAAAAUGAAUUUGGCGGAUUUUGAAGGGAGAGUCCUGCUGACCUCGGUCACUGUGCACACAGGAGGAACGAUCCCCCUCUCAAAAGCUGCUGGCUCAGCAGAGGGACCGCUUCCCACCUCCACCUUCUGCUUGUGCUUUGUUGUGGUGAAACUUUUUUUCCCUUGUGCACUCUUUGCCUCUUUUUCUAUUUUUAUUUCUUUAAAUCUAUAAAUAAAUGACCACAAAGAGGAAAAA